GAAAAUACACUUAAGGAACAUAGCAAUAUUGAUGAAGAUGCACCUGGUAAUAUUAUUAAAGUUGAAAAAGAAAAAGAAAAAAUUAGUAUUGAAAAAAAAAUAUUUCUCGAAUUAAGGAGUCGACACAUUUAUCCACUUUGUAAACCAUUCAAAAAACUUUCUGAGGAAGAUGCGGAGGAAUUAUUUUACGAGAUAGAUAGUAAUACAACUAUUGAAUUCGAUCUUCCUAAAGAUAUAAAGGAAUACCUCCAAGAUCUACUUAGUGGUAAUAUCGAAAAUGCAUUGUUCAAGAUAGAAAAACCACUCAGUGAUACAAGUCAAUUGUUAUCAUGGAUUAGAGAAGUUUGUAGACAUUUUCUUCUUUAUUACUAUCACAGUGGCUUACAAAUGAAUGGUAGUGAGAAAAACUGGUCAACUCAAACCAUUUAUCAUAUACUUGAUUUGUUUUCAGUUUUUUUUGGGAAAACAAUAUCUGGUAUUGCAUUUGGUGAGAUUAUGAAUGAAGCGCAUAAUGAUAGAGCGUAUAAUAUAAAUCAUACUCAAAAACCAUCAAAUUCUGGAUGUGCAAGUAAAAAUGACGCUGUCUUAUAUCAAGAUGAAAUUCCUGCCGUUUUGUAUGAACAAUCAUUUGGGCCCACAGAAUUCGUGCUAAAACACCAACUAGAGGAUUUUGCCAAGCUGGCGCACAAUGGAGUUGAUGACUUGAAUUUUCAUUUUCAACAAAAUGGCAAUUGUACAACUACUACAGCAAAAAAAUUUAAAUCUAUUGGGAUUCACGGUUAUAUAUCUGUAUACCUCACUGAUAUUAUUCGUAUUGGCACUUAUAGAAUUUAUGAAGUAUUCAGUUGUAAAAUUCCAAUAUCGUAUUCAGAACGAUGGCAACUAGUUAACAUUGCAAAGCUUGGUGCACUUCUAGAGGAAGAAAUGUCAAAAGAAAGUAUUCUAAAUGAUAGUAAUACUGAUUGUGUAUAUAAAUACCAAACAAUACUCCUAAAAGUAAAACAAUUAAUAAAUGAAAAUGGCAUUAUUAUUGUAUGA